AUGUGUGAGGAGUUUGAAAAGUCAACAUAUCCACAGGACAUGGAUGAACAAACCAGAGAACAAAAAGCAGAGGAAUUAUUUAAAAUUGCAACAAAGGAAGAGGAAGAUACAGAUAACCUUUUGGAAGUUUUUAAUAUGUAUAGGGAAGCAGCAGAUUUAGGACAUGGGCCUUCUAGAGAAAAAUUUGCAAGACUUUGUCUUAUUGAUGAAAAUAAUGAAUUCGGAAUUGAUUCAUCUCCUGAAUUAGCAUUUAAUUAUAUGAAAAAGGCAGCUAUUGAAAAUGGUUCUCAUACAGCCUUAUUCCAACUCGGAAAUUACUUUAUGAAGGGAAUAGGAACAGAAAAGAAUUAUGAAAAUGCUUUAAUUUGUUUUGUUGAGCAUACAAUUAUUGACGGAAAUCCAACAUCAAUGUUUAAUAUUGGAGUUCUUUAUCAUGAAGGAGGUUCGGGUGGAAAUGGACAAUCAUUCAAAAAGGAUUAUAAAAAAGCAUACGUGUGGUGGAAAAUUGCAUUAAACCGUGGUCAUGCAUUAUCAGCUUACAAUAUUGGAAUUUUAUUAAAAAGUGGAGAUGGAGUUGAUAAGAGCUUAGUGAAAGCAUUUCAAUAUUUUAAACUUGCCAAUUUCAUGAGUGAAAAAAUUCAAAUUCCAACUGAUGUUCUAAUUGCAAUUCAAGAACAACAAUUUAAUGUAUUUAAAGGAGAAGAAGAAAUAGAACAUGAUUCCCCAACAGAUAGCAAUCAAAUAGACGAGAAUGAAGAAACUAGAAAUAUGGAUUUCAUGGAUGAAAAGCCAUUUAAAGAAUUGGAAAAGAACCUAGUUUCAGAAGAGGAAGAAGAUGAGGAAUACGUCGAUGAAGAACUAGAUAUUACCUCUAAAUCAAGUCAAAGAAGUAGAUCACCAUUCAAUCCACAAAGCCAAGAUGCAACUCUUGAACAAGAUAAUGAGGACAUGGAAGAAAUUCUAAGACAAUUAUCAGAAAGUAAUGGAAAAGUUUCUCCAAAAACAACAUCAAGGAAUAAUAAUGAAACAACUACUUCAACCAAUCCUGAACCAAGCAUUGGGUGGAAGGUAGCAGAAUAUGCUCUGACAAUAGGUGCUGUUAUUGGAAUGGGCUUUUUACUAAAGAAAUCCACAGAAUUUCACUAA